UGCAAGAGGCAGACAAUGCGAUGAGCUUGUAUAGAUAUUGUAACAAUGCAAAUGAGGGCUAGGGCAGAGCGCGUUAUUAUGUACAUAAAUACACACAGGCUUCUCUGUGCCAUCCCCGAAUGCAAGUGAGAGAGACUACAAAAAAAUAAAUAAAAAACCCACUGCCAGUGGUAGAGAGAGAGACAGGCUGGCAUCCCUUGUACUGGUGUGUGGUGCCGCCUGCCCAGCCCAGGAGCUGUGCCCUAGCUGUGUGCACCCUGCCUCUGCCUGCAAGAAGGAGAUUUAAGCCCAGCAAAGCCAUAGAGAAGGACAUAAGGUGCUGCUGGUUCAUCUCGAUUUUUGGGGCACCCCGGAGGAGAUCACUUUCACUUUCAGGCGCCAGAGCCUGACCCGCACCAGCCCCGAGGACUUUUGGGUGUAUUGGGGAGUAAAUAAACUUUGACAUGAUGGAAGUGGCCACGGACCAGCCUCGCUGGAUGGCACACCAUGCCGUGCUCAAUGGGCAGCACCCAGAGAGCCACCACCCGGGACUGGCACACAACUACAUGGAGCCGGCGCAGCUUUUGCCUCCUGAUGAAGUCGAUGUGUUUUUCAACCACCUGGACUCCCAGGGAAAUCCCUACUAUGCCAACUCUGCACAUGCCCGGGCUAGGGUGUCCUACAGCCAGGCUCACGCUCGCCUGACUGGCAGCCAGAUGUGCCGGCCACACAUCCUGCACAGCCCCGGGCUUCCCUGGCUGGAGAGCGGCAAGUCUGCACUGUCCGCAGCCCACCACCACAACCCCUGGACGGUCAGCCCCUUUGCCAAGACCCCGCUGCACCCCACGGCCACUGGCGGCUCCCUGUACCCGGGAGGGGGCUCCUCCGGCGGCCCGAACUCCUCUCACUCCAGCCCGCACCUGUUCGGAUUCCCCCCGACCCCUCCCAAGGACGUGUCCCCCGACCCGGGCAGCGCAGCCUCCCCCCGGGCGGAGGACAAGGACAGUAUCAAGUACCAGGUGUCCCUGUGCGAGAGCAUGAAGAUGGAGGGGGGCAGCCCUCUGAGGGGCAGCCUGGGGGGCAUGGGGGGACAGUCCUCUACCCACCACCCCAUACCCACCUACCCAUCCUAUAUGCCCGCAGCACACGAAUACAGCAGCGGCCUCUUCCACCCGGGCAGCCUCCUGGGAGGCCCAGUCUCCAGCUUCACCCCCAAGCAGAGGAGCAAGAGCAGAUCAUGUUCAGAAAGAAAUCCGGUUUCUUCGUGUUUCCAUUUAGAAGGGAGAGAGUGUGUGAACUGUGGAGCAACUGCCACCCCACUGUGGAGGAGAGACGGGACUGGCCACUAUCUUUGUAACGCCUGUGGGCUCUAUCACAAAAUGAAUGGUCAAAACCGACCACUCAUAAAACCGAAACGAAGACUGUCAGCAGCUCGAAGAGCGGGCACCUGUUGUGCAAACUGUCAGACGACGACUACAACCUUAUGGCGGCGCAAUGCAAAUGGGGACCCAGUGUGUAACGCCUGUGGACUGUACUACAAAUUACACAAUGUGAACAGGCCCCUGACCAUGAAAAAGGAAGGAAUUCAGACCAGGAAUAGGAAAAUGUCCAACAAGUCCAAGAAAAACAAGAAAGGCUCGGAGUGUUUUGAGGAACUUUCCAAGUGCAUGCAAGAGAAGAACUCCCCUUUCAGCGCGGCUGCCCUGGCCAGUCACAUGGGGCCUAUGGGGCACUUGCCUCCUUUCAGCCAUUCUGGCCACAUUUUGCAGACACCAACACCUAUUCACCCUUCCUCUAGUCUCUCCUUUGGACACCCACACCCGUCUAGCAUGGUGACGGCAAUGGGAUAAAAAUAUCUACCCAAGAGACUGUAAUAGAGCAUGUGGGAAAGGUCUGGGUUGGCGCCCAGAGCCUCCAAGAAGACAAUGUAGGACUGGCUUGCACCUCGUCUGUGGCAUCAGAUAGGCCUUCACAUUGGACUUAACCAGGACUAUUUGGUGGGACCAGAUAAAGCACUGCCCCUGGACUGGAGAAAUGGAAUAAACUGCUUUGUGACCAACCCGCGGUGAAGGUAAAGGUGGAUAUAGCGAGAUGUUUUUGUUUUUAAAUUACUGUGAAUAUUGUAAAUAUGUUAAACAUCUCGUGUGGGUUGGAAGGACCCAGUGGUAGAUGACGCUGGAUUUGUACUGCAGAUUUGUUUCAAAUGGACACGUUUAUAUAUAAAAAAAAAUGAAAAUCUAAAGCUUAAUUUUAAAAGAAAAAAAUAAUAUUUAUUUUCUGCUCCUGAAUUUUUAUCCCCUCGCCCCACCGCCACCUCUGAUAGUCUCUGCCCUCAUCCUCGGGUCAUCAGGUCUGUAAGCUAUAGACUUUUUUGCUCUGCCGCCCUACUCGGACAAGACCACCGCAACAUCUCUGAGCCGACCUUAACCCUCCUGCUGCUGGAGGGAUAUUGGUUGAAGAGGUUUUGGAAUAAGCGAUCAUGAAUGCAAACAUUGAAACAUGACUUAAUGUGGUUCAUUGUAAGUGAUUGCACCCGGUCCAUGGAUUCUGCCCCCCCCCCCCCCAAUUCUUUGGCUAAGUUCCCUAACAUUUUUAAUUUGCAUGUGUCAGAGUUUCUUUAAAUUCAAUGUGCUUUCCACAAAAAUAAUAAAUAGCAAAAAUAUGUAAAAUUUAUUUAUCCAACAGUUCAAAAUGGCUUCUUCUAGUUACACGCUCACGGAGAAAUAUAGAAAGUGGACACGUGUAUUUAUGGGACAUUAGAUAUCAUCAGUCACCUAUGAUUCUGCCAUUAAAUUAGUUGUUGAAGGGGGAAAGGGGACAAACCGAGAUUUGCAGGAGAAAUUAGUGUUCUAUUCCUACCCGUCAUUUUCACCAAAAGCAUGUAUGGCUCAAAAUUGGUGGAACCCAACUGCUCAUCCUCCACAAUGUUAUAAUGUGAAAGUGUAACAUAUUAACUGCUUGACCCUUCCCAAACACCUUGCUGUUAACAAUUCAAUAUAACAUAAUUAUGUAUAUAUUAAUUAAUAAACAAAGGGAGGGAAGCUGUGUGGAGAAUACAGUACAGCUGGAGGCAGUAAAUUAACCCAUUCAUCUUAUAGCAAAUGUACAAGAAACAUUUUGUAACAAACAUUCCUUUUAUACAUUUAUGUUAUUCUAAAUACCAAAUACAGUAAUUUAAUUCAGAAAGAAAGAAAUAAAAAGGCAAAAAGGGCCAACUCAUAUUAGCGGAGACUGUAGUUCAAAUGUCACCAGGAGAGGCAAAGUUGCAUUAUGUAAAGUAGGACGGUUUAGGGGUUGCGGCCCAAUGGUCCCUGAAAAUUUCAAUAAAACUUUAGUGGCCAGAAAACCCUUAAGAUCAUUGCUUUGAUAGCCCAGCUGUAUAGGGGGUUAAUGCUUAAUGGUACAAGUUGUACAUUAUUUUGUACCUUUUUUUCCCCUCUAAAACAGGGGCGGGUGGGUUACUGGAAAAAUAUUACUGAUACAAGAGAAAUUGAGAAGUGCAAUAUUUUGCCAGCCUGCAGAUUAAGUCUGGGGCCCGGAAAUAAAUUAUUUUGUAUCGGUAGCCGCAUAAAAUUAUACAGUAUUUUUUUUUUACCUUGUUUUAAUUAGUGACCUUAAGUUAUUGUUGAUUCUGUACACCAUGUUUAUAUAUUGUCUGUAAAAAGUGUAAUGCUAUCCUCCUAUUCAAUGAAGGUGAAUACUAAAAAUAAAAAAACCUUUUUUGUGGAA